ACGCUCCUUUUACGGCUGCGCACGCCGGUUCUUUACGCACGCGGGACCAGCAGGCGAGUCCGUUCUGGUCGAUUGUAGGUGUUUGGCGACGCGAGUUACAGGACAGCCGAUAUCAGCGAGCUCAGCCCCCGCCCGGGAACCUAAUCCAGCCGCUCUGAGACAUCCGCAUAGCCGGUAGUUUGCAUUAUGCCGAAGAAUAAAGGUAAGGGAGGUAAAAACCGAAGGCGUGGUAAGAAUGAAAAUGAAUCUGAAAAGAGAGAACUGGUGUUUAAAGAAGAUGGGCAAGAGUAUGCACAGGUAAUCAAGAUGUUGGGAAAUGGUAGACUGGAAGCAAUGUGUUUUGAUGGAGUGAAGAGAUUAUGUCACAUUAGAGGAAAGCUGAGAAAAAAGGUGUGGAUUAACACAUCCGAUAUUAUACUAGUGGGCUUACGAGACUAUCAAGACAACAAAGCAGAUGUUAUUCUAAAGUAUAAUGCAGAUGAAGCAAGAAGUCUUAAGGCCUAUGGUGAACUCCCAGAGCAUGCUAAAAUCAAUGAAACAGACACAUUUGGCCCUGGUGAUGAUGAUGAAAUCCAAUUUGAUGAUAUUGGAGAUGAUGAUGAAGACAUUGAUGAUAUUUAACCGAAGAGAAGUUUAUUCCAUUCCAAUUGCUGCAGAUUGUUCUGGUUUUGAUUUUGAGUGAAGUUCUCCUAUUGAGACAAUAUUCUCCCGCCGCUCAAGAAAAAUUUAUUUUCACACUUUUAAAGUAUUUAUUCCUUCAGUAGAGGUUAUUCAUGCUGGAUUCAUUGGCACACCUGUGCAUUAAAAUAUUCUAUGGUAAUGAGCCUUUCAGUUUGGCACGCCUUGUGUUCAUGACUUUUAAAGCCUAUUGUAACUAUCAUGCCUAUUUUGGUUCUUAUGAAAACAUUAAAAAAGUUAAGUUGGAAAAUGCAUUCUCGCUCUCCAUUGGACUCUGCGGUGUUACCAAUCAGUCCAGACAGUGACCCAAAACGUAUGAUUUUUACCUCAUGACUAGUUUUAUACACUUACCGAAGAGACCAGUCCUGUUUUCCUUCAUAAUCUUUCAGUUCUGGGCUUGAAUUUUAAUGCCACUUUACAACUACAUCAGUGAAGUGACGAGGCCUACCUACUGACUUUCCCUUUUCAUUUAUCUAUUUUGUUUUUUAUUAAAAUGCCAGAAUGUAUUUUUGUUUUCAGUAAAUAAAUGCCUAACCAUA